AUGAAUGCAACCGAGACUCAUGCAGCAAAUAUAACAUUUCCUGCGUUUGAGCAUCUUGGCUUCUUGGACAAGGCUGCUUAUGCUAUUCCCUACUACGCGUACAAAUCUCGCGUUUGGAAUUAUAUCGAUCCAGACGUGUUGCCGUUUGCUCUCUCGAUUUGCACUGCCACGUUUUGCGUAAUUGCAGGGUCUUAUGCAACAUUGUCGAAGCCUGCUAAUGCAUUGGAUCCCAAUGUAGAAGUGGAAAGUGAAUUGUGGGAUCCUUCCGAUAGAGACGAUAGUCGGUAUAUUCAUACCAACGCCUCCGAUUUAGAGUUUCUCAAUGGCACAUCCAUCGACUUUAAACAGGCUGUUGCUAUGCCAGUGAUGAGUGCUGGAGCACUUUAUGGGCUAUACUACUGUCUUCAGAACAUCGACGUGACAAAAUUGGUAUACUAUCUCAACUGGUAUCUCUUGAUAGUGUCUCUCACUUCCAAUUAUAGUGUGUCUGAUUUUGCCAUAACGUACUUGGUUCGUACCAUUCUGUUUUGGCUUCGUCUUCCGGGAAACUCACUAAGCGUAUUUACUCGUUACAAGGCUACCUUGUCAGUAGAUGAAAAGAGUGACACUUUCCCAUUGGGUCAAUUGGAACAGGUAUCUGCGUCAUCAUUUCCAAACAAAACCCUCGAAUGGUUUGACGGAUUGAAAACACAUUUAGCCAGUGAAAACGUCGAGAUUCUCCACCCGACGUCCAUCCCGGUCAUUAAUCAAAAGUUCAAUUUCGUGUUUGACCUCAAGUUUUUUUUACUGGUUCCAAUCAGCAUAUUCCUCCUGACACUUUAUUACUUGCACAACCCUGCAUUGAACAACGCCUACCCAUUUGACACCACAAACUGGCUUUUAGCUAAUGUCAUGGGAAUCAAUUUUGCCAUCUUUGGAAUAAGGGUGACAAGACUUUCAAAUUUCAAAGUCGCUACUGGGCUCUUGAUUGCGUUAUUCUUCUACGAUAUUUACUUUGUUUUUGGAACAAAGGUGAUGGUGACCGUGGCAACUGGAAUUGACAUUCCUAUCAAGAUUGUUUAUCCAAGACAACCAAGUUACUUUGCAACCAUUGGCGGCCUCGUAUUUGGAUCUGAAGGUUUCAAAUAUUGGGACGUUCCAACAUCGUUACUCGGCUUGGGCGACAUCGUGAUUCCUGGUGCGUUCAUAUCUGCGUGCUUGCGUUUCGACUUGUACCGUCAUCACCAGCUCCAUACGUCUGCAUUCCACCACUUGAGAUCCUUCCAGAAACCAUAUUUCUACUGCGCUAUCGUGUGCUACAUUUGCAGUUUAACUGUAACCGUGGUGGUGCUCAAGAUUUUUGGUGUUGGCCAGCCUGCUUUGCUCUACAUUGUUCCUUCACUCUUACUUGGAGUCUAUGGAACUGGUCUUGCAAAGGGCGAGCUCAAAGAUUUAUGGGGAUACAGUGAACACAUUGAAGAGUACAAGCCGGAAAGUGACAAAAAUCUGGAAGAGUCUGAUGAAGAGUAUGUCAAUGAAAGUGAUGACUCGUAUGACGAAUGGGAAGAUAGAGUAGAAUCUGAGCGUGCAGCUGCAUUCAACGAGGUGGAAACGGACUCGGAUGACAUAGAGGUGUUGGCAUCCGACUUGAAGCGGCCGGUUUCGAGGUCUUUAAUCACAUAUGAGUUUGCCGACAGCGAGGAUGAAGACGACGAUACGUUUAUCAUUGAUGGAGAUGAAGAUGAGGAAGAACUGUUUAUCCACUACGCCAUGGUGAGCAACGAAGAAAUAGCAAUCUUGGCUAAAGAUAGAUUGACUGAGCCUCGAGCAUGGUAUUCCGACGAGGAAGAUAACUGA